UUUUAGAGCUUUGUUUAUGUUUCUCUGACAUUGUAUUUAUCCCAUAUCUACAAUGGAUGUCUAAUGUCUUUUUAAAGUUCAGAUUUUUUUUUUUUUUUGUUUGAAAUAGAUCGUAAUGUGUAUGUAUAAUCUCCUUCGAUUUUUUUUUUUUUUUUGUAAUCUCGGAUUGUUCAAAACUCCAGGUGUGUUCGUUUUAAGGAAGAUUAAGCGAAGCAAGCAGGAUGGACAGGACACCCGGUUUUCCUGCUUCUGGAUUCAAGUGUGACACUGUUGAUGAGAAUGUUUGCCAUUCAAACGAGUACAAAAUGAGUGACAUGAAGCGUUUUCUAAUGGAACCUACACAUGACAAUACCGCGGUAGACAGUUUCUUAGGUCUCGGUAUGGAGACUAUGGGCUUAAGCUCCACCAUGGAUGAAUUUUCUCAUGCAUUUGACUUUAGCUUUCUCCCAGAUUAUGGUGGACUAGACUCUUGUACCACUCAAGAUGUGGAAGCUGGUUUAAAGUUCCAAAUUCUUGAUGGCUUUCUUGAUGAAGUUGAGGAAGUGGAAGAUAUCUACGCAUCACAUGAUCUUUCUUCUACUAGUAACCAUAUCCUUCCAGAAACUGAAGACAUGAAGAAAGUAUCUGAAUUAGAAGAUGGUGGCCCCUAUGGUAAUAUAAGCUUCCAUUCAGAAUCUUAUUCUCCUGGAAUAAGUGGAAGCACCGGACUUUCAGAGUGGUCAAAAGAAACCGUUCCACAUGCUGAAUCCCAAAACGUAUCCAGAGAAAAACUUAAAGAUAGUUUGGAUUCAAAUGAGUCAGAAGAUGACAAGAAACCACUAUCCACUUUUAUAGGCUCUUGGGCUAAACGAAGCAGGAAUCGGAAGAAGAAUUUUCCCAACACCGCUUACAGAAGAUUAGAUUCUUCUGGUGAAAGAAUGUCUUAUGACUUUAGGCCCCGGAAAGGACCUAUAAAGAAAUACAUGCAUACUUCAACGGAGAAUACAUUUCCUGAUGAUCAACUAACUUCAUCUGAAAGUGAGGAUGACAUCUCUGUGAGAAAGACAUCCAGAACCAGAAGUGACAGGAGAAAGCAUCAGAGAAUGUGGACUGUUGAUGAAGUUAUGACGUUGGUUGAUGGUAUUUCUCACUUUGGUGUUGGAAAAUGGACCGAUAUAAAGAACAACUUCUUUCAAUCUGCGACGCACCGCACACCCGUCGAUAUCAGAGACAAAUGGCGUAAUCUACUGAAAGCAAGUUAUAAUGCUGGAGAGGCUGAAGAAAGACGAAAGUCAUCGUCUCGCCCUAUGCCGAAGGAUAUUCUACAUCGUGUAAGAGAACUUGCAUCACGCCAUCCAUCUCCGUUCUCCAGAUCAUCGUGUUUGGUUUAUGAUUCCUCAAGAAGCCAAAGCACUUCAAAGAAGAAGAAGAAGAGAAGUUGAUAUAGAGAAAGUCUAGAGAAGCUGUAGAGAUACUAAACUAAAAUCGAUUUUUAUCUGUCUUGGAAAGUAAAAGUUCUCUUUAGGAUAUCAUCACUAUUAUCUGCAACAUCUAAGUCCUUCCAUGUGAAGUUUCUGUUACUGAAACCGAGAACGACUUCGAUUCACAAAAGCUUUUGCUUACU